AUGAUUCUGUAUGUACGCAUUGGUUUUACACUGCUUAGAAAAUGGGCUGAUGGUGGUGUAUGCACAAGUCAAGCCAAACUGACUGGUAAAACAGUUAUAAUCACAGGAGCUAACACUGGCAUCGGUAAAGAGACAGCUUUGGUACUAGCAGAACGAGGUGCACGGGUAAUUCUUGCAUGUCGAGAUAUACUGAAAGGUGAAAGGGCUGCCAAUGAUAUAAUCAGAGAGACUGGAAAUCAAAACGUAGUUGUGAAACAGCUGGAUCUGGCAAAUCUAAAAACAGUUCGUAAAUUUGCUGAUGAUGUCAUCAACAAAGAAUCCCACCUAGAGAUAUUGAUCAAUAAUGCAGGUGUAAUGGCAUGUCCAUACUGGAAGACUGACGAUGGAUUUGAAAUGCAAUUUGGUGUCAAUCACCUUGGCCAUUUUUUACUCACCAAUUUAUUAUUAGACUUAUUAAAGAAAUCAUCACCAUCACGUAUAAUAACAGUCUCAUCACUUGCUAUGGAAACUGGACAGAUUAAUUUUGAGGAUAUUAAUUCUGAAAAGAACUAUGUACCUUGGGUAGCAUACUGCCAAAGUAAAUUAGCCAAUGUGUUAUUUACAAGGGAGCUCAGCAAAAAACUUGAAGGUUCGGGAGUGACGGCUAAUUCACUUCAUCCUGGCAUAGUAGCCACUGAACUAGGUCGAUACAUGAACCAGGACCACUCAAUAUGGAAACCGGUUUUGAUGAAGAUUCUUUAUUUUAUGAUUUUUAAAACCUCUCAGCAAGGAGCACAAACUACAAUCUGUUUAGCGCUGGAUGAGACAUUAACAAAUACAAGUGGUGUUUAUUUUAGUGACUGCGUACCUAAAGAAGUACCACCACAAGCCAGAGAUGAUGACACAGCUAAGAAAUUAUGGGAUAUCAGUAGUGAAAUGGUUGGUCUAUAAGAUAAGAUGGUAGAGAUACUAUGAAAGUAUUCAGUGUGGAUGUGGUGUAUUUUAAAACACCUAUUACCUUGUUUCGACAACAGCAAACACAUUUCUCUUUGGUCUAUACACGGUAGAGUGACUGUGGUCUAUACAAAAACUAUUUCCCCUUGGACGAUGAUCAGAGCACCCG